AACCCUAACCCCCCAAAAACCCCUCUCCCACCAACACGCACCGCCCACCUCGCCCUGCUCUGCAUCCAUCCAUCCAUCCAUCCAUCCGUCAAUGGCGUCGCUGAGCGGCAGGUUCAAGGAGCUCCUGAAGAAGUACGGCAAGGUGGCCCUCGGCGUCCACUUCUCCGUCUCCGCCGCCUCCAUCUCCGGCCUCUACGUCGCCAUCAAGAACAACGCCGACGUCGAGUCCCUCUUCGCCAAGCUCCACCUGCCCGGCGUCGGCGUCUCCGCCGAAGAGGACCCUUCAUCGCCGCCGCCGCCGCCGCCUUCUUCGACGCCGAGCGACGGGUUCGUGGCCGAAGAGGGCUCGGCCGAGGGCGCGAUCGGGGAGGAGGCGAAGAAGCGAAACCGGACGGCCGAGCUCGCCGCGUCCACCGGCGGCGCCCUGACGCUGGCCAUCCUGUGCAACAAGGCGCUGUUCCCCGUCAGGGCGCCGAUCACGAUCAUGCUCACGCCCCCGCUGGCGAAGUUUCUGGCCAGGAGGAAGAUCAUCAAGGGCAAUGUAAGAUAAGAGUUUUCGAUGCUCGCGGCGUUUUGAGUUUAUGGUUGAUAAUGGAAUUGUGCUGGUCUGCUAGGAGGAGAGGGAGAGGGAGAAGGGAGAGAUGUAUUUGAUAGUUAUCAAAAGAGAGGCAUGGCUGAAUAAGAAAAAACUCGAUUUUGUGGAGAGUACUAGCCGGAAGAGUCGUGUGAUCGGUUGAACAGUUGAAUCUUUUUUGCGUUCGGGUUGAAUUGGACUCCUCCAUUGUUCGGAUAGAUGUUAUAAUUCAGUCUAAUUUGUUGUAAUGUA